AUGAUGGCAAAAAUGGGGUACAAAGAAGGUCAAGGGCUCGGCAAGCAAGGCGAAGGAAUCGUCAACCCCAUCGAAGUCAAACUGCGACCACAAGGUGCCGGUGUGGGUGCCGUAAAGGAAAAAACAGAGCAAUACAAAGCUGAACAAAGGAGGAAAGCCGAAGCCAAAGGAGAGGAAUACGAGGAUUCGAGUGAAGAGGAAAGGAAAGCGAGGAAGAAGCGAGCAGAGAGGAAGAAGGAGGAAAGAACAGCGGGUACACAUGCAGGCAGGCGGAAAACAAAAUACCGUACUGUGGAAGAUGUGCGUGCUGCAGCGCCUGGUCUGGAAUUGCCGAAAGCAAUGUUGGGCAGUAUCGUCGAUGCUACAGGCGGCUCUACAAAACUCCUCACCAGCACCGCCGGCCUCAUGACACCCACGCUCGUGCCUGCAGAAUCCGAAGCCGACAAGAUCGCCAAGCGCGAAAGACUGGAACUGGAAGCCUUCAUCGAAGCCUGGCAUGGCCUGCAAGAAAGAAAAAUCGUGGUUGAAGAACAACAAGGCCAUCUCCAAAUGGACAUCAACCAAGCCGACGACGAUAUCAAAAAGAUGCGAGAGAUGCUCGAUGCAGUAGAAGCAUUGAAUAUCGCAAACAUUGAUUGGGGUCAAGCAAUGGAAAAGCUAGGCAAACUUCAGCAAGACUUUCGUCACGAUAUCGACAGCUACAAUCUUUCUGAAGCGGCUGUUGCUACUAUUGCUCCUCUCUUCAAAGCAGACUUGGACGACUGGGAUCCUCUGGAAACGCCAUCCUAUCGUUUGGUCGAACAUCUCACUCACCUUAAACCUAUACUGGGCUUGGAAAAGACAACAUCUGCACUCGCGACUUCGAAUCCAGAUGUUGAGCCCGAGCAACGACGAUACCGCAAGCAAAAGACCACUACACCCUACGAAAGCUUGAUCUACGGAGUCUGGCUGCCGAAAAUGAGAUCGACCGUCACGCGCUGGGACGUCCACGACGCCACCUCCCUAAUCAUCGUAGUAAACGCCUGGAGACCUCUGCUCCCUGCAUUCGUAUACUCAAACCUGCUAGACCAACAGAUCGUGCCCAAACUCUCCGACGCACUGAGUACCUGGAACCCUCGCAAACGACGCCAUCACCACAAAUCUUCUGCCAAUGAUGCUCCUCACGUCUGGCUAUUCCCUUGGCUACCUCUACUCCCCUCCUACCACCUCGAUCCCAAAGCCUCCACUGGCCUUUUGGUAGACGCCAAAAGAAAGUUCCGCCGUGUACUCGAUACCUGCGACAUCUCUUCCAUUCUCCCUGGCUUGGGAGCUUGGAAACAGCUCUUCGGGACCAAAGACUUUGACGCAACAAUGCUACGCCAUAUCCUGCCUCGUUUAUCUGCCCACCUCUCGAAUACCUUCGACAUCGACCCGGCAGACCAGGACAUUUCACCCUUGGAACACGUAUUCCUCUGGCUCCCUUUCUUUCCCCCGGCUAUAUUCGGCCGCUUGCUCAUCGCAGAGUUUUUCCCAAAGUUGCACGUGGUAUUGCAUCAAUGGUUGACUUCCCCCGAAGCCUCGUUUGAAGAAAUAGGAACGUGGUUCACGUGGUGGAAAUCGGUGAUUCCGGAACUUUUGCUCGGAUUGAGCAAUGUGCAAGCGGAAUUCGACAAGGCGAUUGUGACGAUCAAUGAAGCGCUGACGUUGCAGGAACAAGGCAAGGAUAUGGCGGCGUUGCCUGCGCCGGCUGCUGGGCCUGCUCGUCCUAUCGUUACUUCUGCUGCUGCCACCGCUGCUGCCACUGCUCCUUCUCGAGCGCAAGAUCCACAGAAAGAAGAUCUCACCUUCAAAGACUUUGUGGAAGAGUGGUGUACGGAACACGACUUGACGCUUCUGCCAUUGCGAGAAGCACAUCCAGCGACGGGAGCGCCGCUUUUCAGAAUCACGGCGAGUGUAUCUGGGAAGGGAGGCGUGGUGGUGUUUUUCAGGGGCGAGGUUCUCUGGGCGCAGAAGAAGAAGAGGGAAGAUGGGUUUGAGCCGUUGGGUUUGGAUGAUGGGUUGUUGUUGCGAGCGGAGGGCAAGUAG